AUGCUUAGCUCACACCUGCAGAAGGCGUCCCAAGCAGGUGAUGUUCAGGUUUCUCACUCGCGCACAGAUAUUGUCCGGGGAACAAGACCGCUAAAAAGGUUCUCCGUGUUUGUCAACAAAUCACAGAACCUCAAGGCUUGGGAUCUGUCCGAAGUCGAGAUCGAUAUCAAGGAAUUCAAACGAUGCGAGGGGAUCGCGCUGUCAGCCCCUCUUGUCUCAACCUGCCGUCAGCCCUCCUUCCCAGCACCGUCAGCCUCGCCUCAGCCUCCCCCACGUUCACGCACGGAGGCCCUGGAUAAUGCGCUCUGGCUCCGGCCGCGGCGGGAACAUGGCGAAAGUGGUCGAUCCACAGACAGACCACACCCAGAGCAACAACCAGGCAGCAGCAACACAUAUAACAGCACCCAGCAGCAGCAGCACCAUAGACGCAGCACCAGCAGACCACCACCACCAGCAGGCAGCACCAGCACUAACAACACACAGGCAGCAACCACAACCACAGCCCGCCACCAAACACAGCAAGCAGCAGGCAGAUUUGAUAACAGCACACAGAUAACUACACCCGCAGCCAUCAGCAGCAGCAGAUACCACCCGGCAGCAGCACCACAGACCAGCAGCACAUACACCAGACAGGCACAGCCAGCACCAAACCCCACACACACCACACCCACACCAACUAGCAGCAGCCAGAUCACCAUAGACAGCUCAUCGUCAGGCUGCAGCAGAUGA